AUGCAUUCCUCCGAUAGCAUCGACGAAAAGAAACUGUGGCAUGAGGCGGAAGGUCUCCGUCGCAUCGCCUUCUUCGGGAUCUGCAUCAGUACGGUUGCCACUCUGACGGCCAUCGUUGCUAUCCCGGCGCUGUACAACUACAUGCAACAUGUGCAGUCCUCCCUUCAGACAGAAGUCGAGUUCUGUAAACACCGAACAAAUGGACUGUUCAGCCAGUACGAGCGCAUGCAAAGGAUAAAGGGUGUUAGAGGAGGAAUCGUGAAACGUCAAGCCGGAUAUGAUGCACCAAGCGAAUACCCGUCCGAUGCCGGAGUGCAUGGCGACUCAUCCCAGCAGGGCGGUGGUGGUGGCUGCUGCAGCUGCAAAUCAGGACUUGCUGGACCACCUGGUCCUCCUGGUCUUGAUGGCCCAGAUGGAAAAGAUGGCCAGCCUGGAUCCAACGGAGAGCCUGGCGCUGAUGCUGCUCCCGAUGCAGUCCCCACUGCCGACGAUUUCUGCUUUGACUGCCCUGCUGGACCUCCCGGACCACCAGGAAACGCAGGUCCCAAAGGACCCAAUGGAAACCCUGGUGCGCCCGGACAGCCCGGACCCGAUGGCCAACCUGGACAGCCUGGACCUCCUGGACCACCCGGAGUCGUUGAGGAAGUUGCCGUUCCCGAUGGACCAGCUGGACCCCCUGGACCACCCGGACCACCUGGACCCGAUGGACAGCCCGGAGCGCCUGGACAACCUGGACAAGAUGGACCUCAGGGACCACCCGGAGAUGCAGGACGUGAUGGAGCACCAGGAAACCCAGGAGCUCCCGGAGAACAAGGACCACUUGGAGACAGCGGUGCUGGAGGUGGUUGCGACCAUUGCCCUCCUCCCCGAACUGCCCCCGGAUAUUAA